GAACUUAUAGAUGCUGGAGUUGUAGGUGACGUGAUCCAUAUUCAACACUUGGAGCCGGUUGGGUUUUAUCACUUUGCUCACUCAUUUGUGCGAGGAAACUGGAGGAAUGAAGCCGAGAGCUCCUUUGCUCUUUUGGCUGAAUCGUGCCACGACAUCGAUCUAAUACAUCACUGGGCUGGAGCGCGCAGGUGUGUGAAAGUCUCAUCAUUUGGCUCCGUCAGCCACUUUAACAAGGAAAACAAGCCAACAGGUGCUGCAGAUCGCUGCCUGGAUUGUGCAGUAGAAAGACAGUGUCCAUACUCAGCAUGCAAAAUCUACCUGGACAGGGUGAAACAGGGUCACACUGGCUGGCCUGUAUCCGUCAUAUGUCCGAGUUCGUUACCAGACAUCGAGUCAGUAACUGAGGCGCUGAGGAUUGGACCAUAUGGUCGCUGUGUGUAUGAGUGUGACAACGAUGUCUGCAGUAAUCAGGUUGUUAACAUGGAGUUUGAAGGGGGCCUGACGGCAGCCUUUACCAUGGUGGCAUUCACUGAGGAGAUAUGCAAUCGAAAAACAACCAUCUAUGGAAACAAGGUUGGACUGGAAUGGAUGUGGAUUAUGGAAAAAAAUGGGAAAUAAAUAUUAAUAUUUAAAAAACAAGAGCC